UUCAAUCAACACAAUCAACUCGAGAUUUUUAAUUUUCUUUCCUCUCACUGACCUUGCGUUGGAAAAAGGCUUCAACGUUUCUCUUUCUUGAUUCUAUUCCAUGUUAUUGUUUAUCUAUUUCUCUGUUAAUCAAAUUUAAUUGUUAAUUAAUGUUUCUAAUUCUAUUCUAAUUGUAAUUGUUGUCAAUUAUAUUCACCAUUCUAUUAGUGAUUUAACUGUUUUUCUUGGUUCGUUUCUGCAUUCGUUUGAUUUUCUGCUGUUUGUGUUUACAUUUCACUCUCCCUUUGUCUCUCGCUCUUUGGUUUAUCAUUACAAUAACAUCAUAUUUGUAUCGUGACAAUUUGGUUAAUCACAAUGGGUCAAGAUUAUACUGAUGGUGGUGGUACCAGUUUAGAUGAUGUAUCAGCUGAUGAUUUACCUAAUGCUUUGAUUGUUACCAGUUUGGAUAUUUGUGUCUUCAAUUCACCUGAGGAAAAGGAACAAUUUGAGGCCAUUUUUAAAGAGAUUGACAAUUCAGUGACAUUUCAAUAUUUUAAAAGCUUCAAGAGAGCAAGAGUAAAUUUCUCUUCUCCAUUAACAGCAGCCAAGGCUCGAAUUGAAUGUCACCAACGAAAAUUUGGUAACUCUGUGAUCAAUUGUUACUUCGCUCAGGUUGUUGAGGUGGUUGGUACAUCGAGUUACAAUCGACUUUGUCCUCCAGCCCCAAGUCGUCAAUUCUUAAUCUCUCCUCCAGCCUCACCACCAGUUGGAUGGGAACCACGAGAAGAAGCAGAGCCAAUAAUCAAUUACGAUUUAAUUACUGCAAUAACUCAUCUGACUCCCGGAGAAACUCAUGAGAUCCAUCCACCAAGUCAAGAAUUACCAGCGAUAGUUGUUCAUGUUUGUGAAGAUGUUUCUCUGCCCGAAGAGGAAGAAGUCAAUCUAUCUUCCGACGAAGGUGGAACACCAGGAAAACCUCGAAUGAAAAUUCAGCAAACACGUAGACCGCCUGUUCGAUCGUCAUCCGAAGGAUCGGAAGAUUCAUGUGAUUCACUUUCAUUAACUCAGUGAGAGAAAAUCAACUAACCUCAACUAAUUUAUCUUCCUACCUUCAAGCUAAGAACCUUGAUCAAUUUACGAGAAAGAAAGAUUCGAAUUCUGUAUCUUUCUGUUUCUGUCUGUCUCUCUCUCUCUCUCCCUAUUUCUCUCUGUGUAUCUGAGAGAGUGUUGAAAUCAAUGAGAAUCUGAAGAAAUCGACUCACCUUCAGAAUCACAAUCACCACGAAACUUUAACAAUUCUCAUUCUCUAACACUCUCUCCCAAUCUCUUUCUCUAACCUUCGUAUAUUCAUCAAUUGUGAUCAUUUGAACGACUCACAAUUGAUCCUAUUAUUAGUAAAUCAUAUGCAUAUAAUGUUAUAUGUAUGUUAUCAUAUUAAUAGUAAUUUUAAAUGUAUCGAUUCAACAUUCAGACUCUUUUUUUUUCUGAGAAAAAUUUGAUUGGUGAGAAAUGAGAGGAAAACAAAAAUAGAUGUUUAAUUAUAUUAAUAACAUGUAAUCAACAGAAUCUGAUUUAACCUUUGAUUCUAAUACAAUCAAUUUGACAGUUAAUUGUAACAUUGUUUUUCAUAAGAAUCUCUCAUUUUGUAUUUUGAGACAGAAAGAGUUGAAUAUGAAUUGAAUUGUAGGCAAUCAAUUUAAUUGUAUGUACACAGAAUUAGUUAUAUUUUUGUCAUUCCGGUUCAGUUUGUUUUUUGUUUUCUUUCAAAUUUUUUCUGUCCUGGUCAUUUUCUUACUAAUUGUUAUUGUAAUCAGUCCGACUAAUCAUAAUUAACAAACUCUGUCAAGUGUAAUUGUGCUAAUUGUUAUUCUAUAUCAGAAGAGAUAAUGUCAAAGUUAAUUGUAAACCUUAAAAAAAAUAUUUACUUCAUCUUGAAUUUUUAAUAUUCAAGCAAAAUGAAAAUUGUUCAAUUGAUUAAUCAAAAUGAUCCAAAAUGUAACAAGAAAUCAACAGGUGUCCAACACUUUUUAAUUGUAAAUAAUAACAGCUCUGAUUAAUAUCUUCAUGAUCAAUUCAUAUUUGUUAUCGUAAAUGAAGAAAUGUCAAUCACCAUGUAACUAUCCCUUCAAUUGAAUCUCUGCAAUAAUAAAUGAUAGAUGGAACAAAGUUUUGUCUUUAAAUGGUCAGUUUA